AAAGUUAUUGCCCCUUUUACAGAAACCACCAUUUGUAACAUAGAUUCUCGUCGCUCAUAAUUUUCUUUCAUUUAGUCUUCUGAUUGUCAUUACUUUACUAAACUGAAUAGUUAUUUUGUAUACAUACGAAGAAAAACUUACUGCUGAAUUUUCUAGACCGUUUUUACACCCGGAAGUUGAAUUAUUCCUAAUAUAUUUCAUGGCGUGAUUCGUCAAAAGUGACAGGUAGAGGUAGACAGAAGGAUGACAGCUGAAUAUAUACCAACAGAGAUAGGUGGUGGGUCAUCAAUGAAAGAAGAGUAUGAGCGUAGAGAACUACAACAACGGCGACAUUAUUUCUUGUUUUCACAACUUCAAAAUAUGGCGAGAGAACUGCCAGGAAAAUACCAGCAACGGUUGCCCUAUGACCUCUUGUCUAGCCUAGCCAAUGCUUUGAUAGAUGGCACAGUGUUCCAGAUUGUUCUAGGUUUGAAGGAAGUUCAAGAAUGGGAAGAGAAAGCAAUGUUUCAACAGAGAAGUAAACUUAUAUCUGAUCAUAAAGCACAAAAACAUGAGCUUCAGAAGAAACAUAAAGCAUUGUUACAGGACUGUCAGAGUAAACCUCACAAUCUACCGUUAGUGAAGGCUCAGAUAGACAGAGAAAUGGAGACAACAAAGAAAAGAUGUGAUGAGGAAAUACGAAAGAAAGAUCAGAAGAUUAUUAUGCAGUUAGACCAGAAAGUGAUGGAUCAACAAUCUACACUAGAGAAGGCGGGAGUUCAAGGUUUCUAUGUCACCAACAAACCACAGGAUAUCAGAUUACAGAUGUAUUUAUUAGAGUUUAUAGUCAGACUCUCUCAGCUUGAAAUGCCAAGUUGAUACGGGGAAUAUAUAGUUUGAAAGACGUUUUUUCUCAACUGAAAAUGCCAAGUUGAUAAGGGAAAUGUAUAGUUUAAACAAACUUUCACAAUCCAAGUUGAUUGGGGGAAUAUAUGGAUCAAAUGUCAGACUCUCUCAGCCAGAAAUGCCAAGUUGAUAGGGGAAAUAUAUAUUUUAAAAGUCUGAUAUUUAUUUAUUAAUGUACCAGUGCUUUUCUUAGCAAUGCUAAGGUGCAAAUUUGAGACUUGUGUAUGUAUACCAUGAAUCAUAUUCUUUUAUUCCUAAAUAAUUUUAAUGUGUUACCAGAUAGAUUACAAUAUGUGCAAAUGUUAUAAAUUUACACUGUAAUUCUUGCAUUUGAAUCAAUUUUUUUUAAUCUGAGAUAUAUUUGAAUUGCAUGAAUUUGAUAAAUAUCUAGAAUUAUUAAUGGACUGGUGCAAUAAUACUUGUCAACGUUUGUGGAGUCAG